GUGAGCAUCACCGCAUUUCAUUAUCGGAGAAUCGCCCCAGUCCAGACUUGCUCUGCAGCACCUAGGCUCCCACACGGGGUUUCAAUCAUUGACGCAAGCAUUGCAUUGUGAUUUCGAGACCUCGACGCCCAACACCCGACAUCGCUCAAUUGUUCAAGGUGCGAGCCCGGCGCCAUGGUAGCCAACGGCAAGAGCAGUGGCAAGGUUGCCGCCGACUUUGAGAAGAUGAUCCAUGAGGCUCGUGAGCGCAAGAAGGCCGAAGCCCUUGCCGCCAAGAUUUUCAACCGAGACCGCACUCCCACCUCCGCCGCCGGGACCCUCGUCAGUCGCGCAGGUGUGAAGAAGCCGCGCGCUGAGCCCCAGAACCGCGCCCGCCCGCGGCAGAGCACAAGCAACAUCGACGGCGAAUGGACACACGACCUGCACGAGACGCAGUCGCGAGGAGGACCCAAGGCAAACGGCAAGGCCAGCGGCAGCGGAGCCGGCUCCCUCGCCGCGCGCAUCACCGACCCCAGUGCGCCGCCGACCGGUCCUGCUGGCCAUAAACGCCAGCAGCGGCGCGCAGCGCAGGUGGCGCAGGCCCUGAUAAGGUCAGAGCUGCAGUCGCCUCGAGGAGCGCACCAGGGCCAGCAGCAGCGCCAGCAGCAGGGAUCUUUUGCUAUCAAUGGCGCAGCUCCAACAGCGCCCAAGGCCAUGUUGGCGGCGUCCAAGAAGACCUUUAACCCGGGUAUCACGAUCAGGGGCCUGGCUGGUCCGUUCGUGGUGAUGGCGCAGAACUUUGCCCCCGGUACGACAGCGGCUGACAUUGAGAGUGCCAUGACGCCGGUAGGCGGCAUCAUUACAACCUGCCGGUUGGUGAAGACGCACCCCAUCGUAAUUGCCGAGAUUGUUUUUGAAAGCAAGGAGGGGGCCGACAACGUGAUUGCGACUUUUAAUAACCAGACCGCCGAUGGCCGCGUACUAAGCGUGUACCCCAAGGUGGGCAACAACUCGAGCGCCCUCUCCACGCAGACGCAGAAUCGCGCGUCUCUCGAUACCGACAUGGUGGUGGACGGCUCCUACGGCUUUGAUGACCCAGUGGACACAACUUACAGCAAUAACUCGAGACAACCCCCCACCGGUCCCGCCGCGGGAGUCGGCGGUGGCCUGUACAGCGACAGCCUGGUCAAGACAAACCGUUGGGGCCGGGGCUUCAGUAGGGCCGGGCAGUUUGGUGGGAGAUAGAGCUUCUCGCCCGAAUCGCCUUUCGCGAGGAGGCUCAGUCUACCUCGAGCUCAGCGUGGAUCGAUGUUAUGUACGACUUGUUCAAUUUUCCCCCUUGCCUUUCCGGUUCUGGUUGAUGGGAUAGGGUAAUUAGAUGGAUUGGAGCACAAUGUGGAGCGCCAUCGUUGUUACGAAUGGGAGGCGUACAAUCGGCGUUUGCGGAAUUCAUUCAUGGAUGAGUAGGGAACGGGGAUCCUGGUAUGGGGAUGACACAGCAUGCAUGCAAUAGGGGCACGUACUUUGUUGUACCUUGCAUGCCCUGCCAUAGAAUAAUAGCGAAAAGCGCUAUGAAACGGAACAAAGAAGGGAUCGUGGCGACCGGCUUGCGGGACAGGCAGACAGGUGAUUGCUCAACCGCUCAUUGUGCAUCAAGGCCUCUACAGCGUGACUUACCAGAGUACUGUAACGUGUUCUCAGUCAUAUAGUCUUGGGUACACUGCCCCG